AUGGAUGACAGUGAGUGUUUAUUCGAGUUUCGUUUUCGUAAGAGUGACCUUCUCGUCCACUCUGAGGCCCUACAUCUUCCUAACUACAUUACAUGUCAACAAGGAACAAUAUGCGAUGGAAUUGAAGGGUUGUGUAUCACACUUCGAAGGUUUGCCUACCCAUGUAGACUCAGUGAUUUAAUUCCACGAUUCGGCUGCCCAAUUCCAGAGCUUAGUAUGAUUUCCAGCCUUGUGGUGGAUACAAUUUAUCCGGAACAUAAUCAAAGAAUAACUCAGUGGAACGAUACACUUCUGAACCCAGCACUUCUAGGAACGUACGCUCGUGCAAUUCAGCAAAACGGUAGUCCAUUACUCAACUGUUUUGGUUUUAUAGACGGAACAGUACGGCCAAUUUGUGACCUGACCAAAACCAAAGGAUUGUGUACAAUGGGCAUAAGCGAGUACAUGGUCUAA